GGCGGAGUCGACUGAUGGCUGACGGUUCACGUUCAGCACCAGGCACGAGCGCAGAGAUCCAGCUUCAACAUGAGAAAAGUUUUUCUUGAGCAAGGGUGAAGAAGACGAAACCAGAUCAGACUUUACACCUGAAUUGAGAAGUCCGGGGUUGCCAAGUGUGUGAGCUGCUGGAGCAUUCGUGAUCUCAGAGGACUGCGGUUCAUUAGGGAUAAUGGUGGUCAAUACGAUCCACUGGUUCAGGAAGGGCUUAAGGCUCCAUGAUAACCCAUCUCUGCGGGACUCUGUAAUAGGAGCCGACACUCUGAGAUGCGUUUACAUACUGGACCCCUGGUUUGCAGGAUCGUCUAACGUGGGAAUCAGCAGAUGGAGGUUUUUGCUGCAAUGUCUUGAGGACUUGGACACCAGCCUUCGCAAACUUAACUCCCGCCUCUUUGUCAUCAGGGGACAACCCACGGAUGUCUUUCCAAGACUUUUCAAGGAGUGGAAAAUCACCCGACUGUCAUAUGAGUACGACUCCGAGCCCUUCGGGAAGGAUCGUGAUGCAGCCAUUAAGAAGCUGGCCACUGAGGCAGGGGUGGAAGUCUUCGUCAGGAUCUCCCACACACUUUAUGAUCUGGACAAAAUCAUAGAGUUAAAUGGAGGACAGUCUCCUCUCACCUAUAAACGAUUUCAGACACUCAUUAGUAGAAUGGAUGCUGUGGAAAUACCAGCGGAGACUAUCACGGCUGAAGUUAUGGGCAAAUGCACCACACCGGUCACCGAUGACCACGAUGGCAAGUUUGGUGUUCCCUCUCUGGAAGAGCUUGGUUUUGAAACAGAUGGGCUUUCUUCAGCUGUGUGGCCUGGUGGAGAGACUGAAGCUCUGACUCGACUAGAGAGACACCUGGAGAGGAAGGCUUGGGUGGCUAAUUUCGAGCGUCCCAGAAUGAAUGCUAAUUCCCUGCUGGCUAGCCCCACAGGCCUGAGCCCUUACCUCCGGUUUGGCUGCCUCUCCUGCAGACUUUUCUAUUUCAAACUCACAGACCUCUACAGAAAGGUCAAGAAAAACAGUGUCCCACCACUGUCCCUUUACGGUCAGCUGCUCUGGCGUGAGUUCUUCUACACGGCCGCCACUAACAACCCACACUUCGACAAAAUGGAGUUCAAUCCCAUCUGCGUGCAAAUCCCAUGGGACAGGAACCCCGAAGCUCUGGCGAAGUGGGCAGAGGGCCGGACUGGUUUCCCGUGGAUUGAUGCCAUAAUGACCCAGUUGAGGCAGGAGGGGUGGAUCCACCAUCUGGCCAGGCAUGCUGUUGCUUGCUUCCUCACGCGUGGAGACCUGUGGAUCAGCUGGGAAGAGGGCAUGAAGGUGUUUGAGGAGUUGUUGCUGGAUGCAGACUGGAGCGUCAAUGCUGGAAGCUGGAUGUGGCUUUCAUGCAGCUCAUUCUUCCAGCAGUUCUUUCACUGUUACUGUCCGGUGGGCUUCGGUCGACGUACUGACCCUAAUGGAGACUAUAUAAGACGCUAUUUGCCCAUAUUGAGGGGCUUCCCUGCCAAAUUCAUCUAUGACCCUUGGAAUGCCCCAGAAAAUGUUCAGAAGAUUGCAAAGUGCAUAAUCGGAGUGCACUACCCUAAACCCAUGGUUAAUCACGCUGAGGCCAGCAGGAUAAACAUUGAGCGAAUGAAGCAGAUUUACCAGCAGCUGUCCUGCUACCGGGGCCUCGGGCUCCUUGCAACUGUUCCAUCCAAUACAACCAACAAUGGAGAUGGUAAUGGAGCAGGUCCUUCCUCAGGAGACAACAACACACAGGAGAUCACUCACAUUACAAUGCACCCAUCACCAGCAAGUUCUCAACCAGAGUUCUCACCAUUUCUAGUGUCAUGUGAUCUGCAGUCUGGAAAUAUUGUGCAACCACAAACAGGUUACUCGGGUAAUGGUAUGGUUGGACAAGCUCACAAACAGUCACAGAGAGGGAGAGGGACAAGUACUUUAAAACGACAUACUGAAGACAGAGCUUCAGACAGUGCAUCGAAGAUUCAAAGGCAUGACAGUAUCUAGCUGUCUCGGAAGCAAGGAUUUACACACUCCUCCUCAGACUAGUGUUUGGACCUCUCCUGAACCGUAGCACAAAGGACAAUGUCUCUGCACACCAUAUCUACUCCUCCAUGCUUAUCUUUGCCAUAAUGUCAUUCUGCUUGUAGAGCUUAAGUUAGCAUUGAGGUCAAGCAAUCCAAAUGCCAGUCAUCAGUUUCUUUUUGAAAGUGUGUGUAUCUAACAUACCAUUUGACGUCCAUUUGUGCAGUGUUGGGUUUUGGGCAAUAACUGUGCUAUGUAAUAAUAAGAGGGGUUUAUUUGGAAAUUCUUAUCUUAAUAGCGAUAAUCGAGAGCAUACUGGCCACCAAUUGAGAACCUUUCAACUUUUUGUCAAGUCAAAGGAUUUGAUUGAUCUAAAUGUUCAGUACUAAUUUAUAAAUAGACACAUUAAAAUAUCCGUGAAGUCCAGAGCAAAAAUCUGUAUAUUAAGUUUAAAUUGUGCUUUUUAUACUAGAGUAACUAUAGUUGAGGCCUGUGGCUCUUAAGCACAAGUGGAUUUGUUUCAAGGCAAUUACAGGGAAACAAAGCCUACUAUGUAUAUAAGAGUAUACUGUAAGUAAUUCAGUCUACAAACCAUUGUACAUAACUUUUUUCUUUCUUAUUUACAGACUCGCUGUUAUAUUUUUUAUGAGACAAUACUUUUUUUGAAUGUUGUAAUGUCUUCUGUUUGUUAUAAAUCACCAUUAAAACAUGAUAGACCUGUUGAAGUGA